AUGCAUGAAAUAUUAACUUUGCAGUUUGGGCAAUUUGCAAAUUUUGUGGGAACACAUUUUUGGAAUUCUCAGGAAGCACAAUUUGAUUUUGAAGAUAAUCCAAAUGCUUCUGAACCGGAACUACUUCACGAUAUUUUAUUUCGUGUGGGAGUCACUCAAAGGGGUAUUGAAACUUUUACACCACGAUUAUUGUUAUAUGAUUUAAAAGGUGGUUUUGGUUCCCUAAAGAAAAUGAAUAGGCUUUAUGAAGAGACAUCUGGGAAUCAAGAAUCGGAAUUACAUAAUUCUUCUUGGGGCUUGCGAUCCGAAAUUCAUGCUCAAAUGCCUUAUCCAAAGAACGAAUAUAUACAAAAAGAAUCAAACAGCAGGAUGGAAAUAGAUAUCGAAGUCAAAGAUUUCAAAUUAGACGAAACAGUUCGAUAUUGGUCUGAUUUUAAUAGUGUAUAUUAUCACCCCAAAAGUAUUAAUGCCAUAACGCAAUAUCAAUUUGAGGAUGAAUUUAUGCCUUUUGAUAUUUUCUCAUAUGGAAAAGGCGCGUUUCUUGAGCAUCAAAGGGAUUUAGAUUCCUUCGAAGAAAAUUUUAGGUUUUUUGCUGAAGAAUGUGAUGCGAUUCAGGGAUUUCAAGUAUUCACUGGUAUAAUUGACGGAUAUGGAGGAUUUGCAUGUAGCUUUCUUGAGCGAUUACGUGAGGAAUAUCCAAAGACCGCUAUUGAGAGCUUUGGAAUUACCGAAAAUCGAAGCUUGGAACCAAAAGGACAUAAAUCAUAUUACAAACAAAUAUUAAAUUUGUCGUUUAGUACUACACAAUUGACAGAAUUGUCGUCUUUACUUAAUAUUAUAAACACUCCUAGCACGAGAUCCUCAAUUUUCCGUCCAAAUACAAAUUUACCAUACCACACGAGUGGCGUUGUCUCCGCGGCUAUCGAAACGGCAACCUUACCAUUCAGAACGCGUCACAAUUUUAUAUCUAUGUAUGACUUGAUAAAUCGACUUAAUUGGCGCGGAAAUACAAAAUUAGGGUCGCUUGGUUUGGCACUUCCUUUACCAAUCAGUAAUUUUGGUGAAGUGGAUGUUGAUAGGCUGUUGCCGACAUCUAAUAAUAAUAUCAUACAAGAUUUAUCAAUGGCUCUGAAUGGACAACACGCAGUAACAACAUUAGGACAAUCCGUUGUAGUGAGGGGACUACCCGAUAAGUUUGAAUUUUUUCCAGGGAAAAGUCAAAAAAACGCAUCUCAAAUUACUGACGAAAUUUUCCAGCGGUUCGAGACUUUAAAUAGCGGAAGCUCGUCUUUUUUUUCAACUAGCGUUACUUAUCCUAUUCCAAAUUCGUUUCCAAAGAUAUUUAACCACUUGAACCGUGAUGGAUAUAUUGAUAUGUCGAUUCCGAGUGAUCAAAUACCAUCAGUUCAUUCGGUUCCUGCGCUCUCGCAUCUCACCAUUUCCACUAAAUCUCACGACUUGCUACAACAACUUGCAAACACACUUCAGAAUUUGAAUUUUAAUCUUUUUCCUGAAUAUGAGGGAGGAGAUAAAGGAUUAUCGCGUGAAGAGUUUUUGGAAACAAGAGAAGCAUUGUGGAGCCUUUGCGAAGCCUUUAAAGAAUAG